AUGACAUGCUUGGAAUUGAGCCCCUCGAGCUACGUUUUCAUUUUGAGCUUAACAAGCAGAUAACAGCCCUGGUUAGGCUAACCAACGAGACAAAGCACGAUUACUUAGCCUUUAACAUCCAAACGUCAAGCUUGCUGCUGUACACACAGCCAGACAAAGGCAUUGUGUCACCAGGAUCCAUGCGCAGUGUCAAGAUAACACUGCGAGCACAGGAGAAUGCACCGCAACGUCCGGAUGAGAUCAUCGUACAGAGCACAAAAGUGAAGGAAGGUCUCGCGAUCGAGGAUAUCACUGAACACAUGUUUCAAGAAGAGGCCGGAAUUGUUGAUGAGGUGAAUUUGGCAGUUGUAUAUGAGCCUGAUAAACCCAACAGAAAUCCCAAGAGUCGAGAAGACACCAAGAAAAGGAAACAGAUGGUCGAAUUUGCUUCCAGCGAGGAAAAACCUGGCGUCAGCGCAACUUGGCAAGCAAACGCAGUCCCCAUGGACAUUAAUAAUUCUAUGAGCUACAAAGAUGCGCGAGGACAACGUACUGAGCAAGAGCAGCAACCAGAGCGCCCUAGUUUACAUGCAGCACCAAACAUCAUUUCGCGCGAUCCAAGGACCAAGAUGGGCAACAGAGCUGUGGAUCUUGCAACCGGGGCCAUGGGCAGCCUGCUUCAUAAGCUUGACGAGCUCCAAAAGGAAGAGUACAAUCUAGAGAUAAGCGUGAAGGCAGACAUAGAGUCUUUCUCUGAAGAGCUGAUGGAGAUGCAGCUAGCCCUCUGCAAGGUGUCAGAGGUGCAGCGGGACAACCGCGAUGACCAGAUCAAGUGCUGGGCCGACAGUGUCAGGGAGAUGUCGUAUGACAUUGAGGAUGUUGUUGAUGGCUUCCUGGUACACAGCGAGCCUGCCUCAAACACGGGAUUCUUCAUGGGGCUCAUGCACAAGAUGUUCAACCUCUUCAAGAGGGAUAAGACUCACAAUCCGAUUGGCCACGCCAUCAGAGACAUCAAGAAACAAGUUCAGGUUGCAGCCGAUAGGCGUAAAAGGUUCAAGGUCGACGAAGGCGUGGCUAAUGUGGCUGUUGCAAUUACCAUUGACCCUCGCAUUUCGGCUAUAUACAAAGUGAGGGACCGAAACUAG